CAGCUCUCGGGCCAGGUGGUCGGGGUUUACGCGGGGGCUCCGCGCCCGAAGGACCAGCCAGGUACCUGAGGAAGGGUAGAGGUGGCCAGCCAUCUCCCCUUACCCUGCCCCUGUGAGCAGAGCGCGGACUUCAGGGGAGUCUUGCAAGCGGCCAGCCAGUGGUGCUGAUGAUGUAUAUAAGAACAAGAUGCUUGGAAUCAUAGUUAUGCAAUGGUGCUGUACUUUCUAUGAGAAAAACAUCUUCAACAGAGAAAAAGAGCCUUACGAUUUGGCCGCAGUGCUGAAGUUCAGCAAUUAUUGGUCAAGAUGCACUUCAGGGCGCUGAGUGCAUGCGUGGUUGGCCUGUGCUUGCUCCUUGGCAGCUGGACGCCAUGUCUCGGCCAGGACCAACGCGCCGGCUACGAGGUGGAAGGCGCCGUCAGGCGGAUCCGAGACGCCUCCUUCAACAGGGAGCCGAGCUGUGAGGAGCUGCGCGCCAUGUGGAUCUUCUCGAAGCGGCAGUCGCGGGCCACGGAGAUCACCAACGACAUCCCGGCGUACCGCGACCCGUUCGCCUACAAUGUGUGGGAGCCGUACCCGCGCGCCAGGAGCGCCGGCGGUCUGGGCCAGCACGUGUACGGCCGCAUCGUGCACGACGCGCCGUGGCUGCUGGCUCACCAGGGCGGCGCCAGGCCACGGCCCUUCGAGCACGUGGGCGUCUUGCAGCCGCAGCCGGCUCCGCCGCGGCGCAGGAAGCUCAACUACCGCUUCUCCGGCGGCAACAUCCCACACCUGGCGCCGAUCUCGGGCAGCUUCCAGCAGCUGAAGGAGCUCAUCCAGAGCGAGCGGGCCCGCGAGUUGCAGGAGCAGCGCACCGCGGAGGACGCGGCUGCCCGCGCGGCUGCGCUCCAGGGGCUGCCGGUCAAGACCUACUACGGCCACGUCAGCGACGGCUCUGACCAGCAGGUCUCGGCGGACGUCUACCCCACCACCGACAAGGGCCUGGCCAGCAAGCCCGGGGUCAUCACCUUCCCCAGUCUGCUCCUGCCGUCUUCGGCCAACUCCAAGCAGCACCAUGGAUACCUUGCAUCGCCUCACAUCUAUCAGCAGAGGUCGUACCCCCAGAUGUUACGUGGUCCUUACUCAAUUCAGUCAGCAAUGUUUCGUCAAUAGUUCUACGGCUGCCAUCUGUUGUGAAGAAGAAAGCUAAGCAACCUGAUCCAAACAAGCAUCUUUACAAAAUACUCUCCAGUUCAAAUAAUUCAAUAUGAGAUGUCUUCAGAAGGGUUCUUUUAAUUUUGGUUUACCUUUAAGGGAGCCACUUUAAUGUGUGAUGCAGAAUUAAAUACAUUUUUAGUUUACCUGUAAAACAAAAUUUUUAAAAUUUGCAGAUAAUUAAUUCCCCAUGUUUUGACUGUUUUAGUUCCUAUGUAAUAUGUAUUUCUUAAACAUCUCAUUAUGCAUAUUUACAUAAUAUUACACAAAAUUUCAUCUUCCUAGUAGUUUUAAAAUCCACCAUAGUGUUUUUCUUUGCACCUGGAUCAGUAUUUGUAGAUUCAUAAUUUUUAUAGAUGCGAUCUCAAUCCAGACAAUCCAUAUAUGUGUCUUAGUGACAUGAAAUAUUUAGUUUAUUUACAUAAUAAGUGAUUUAUAUCCUUAAUCCGAGUACCUUUGUCAAAUCAAUUACGACUGAAUAUCUUCCAAAAAGGGUAAUGCGUGUAGAUAAAUCCUGUUAAAAUGACUCUCUAAGGCUUUAAAUUCCUUGUUCUGUAUUUUUUUCGGGUGUGUGUCCAGAAGGAAAAUGGCGUAUCUUUCUGCACAGAAUAGCACACGCCAAUAUGUGUCAUUUGAUUGCCUGAAUCGAUAGGUUCAAUUGAUCCUCUACCGUUUGAUAUAUUUCAUGUCCAUUAAUAUCAUGUCUUUACACUUAUCAAAAUGAAUUUAUUUAGCGAGCCUUAUAUUAUAUGUGUGUGUAUAGUAAGACUGAUUAUUUCUUUCAAAAAUUCUUGUCUCUAUUCAAUAGAACUUUGUUUGUUAACUCGUGGAGCACGUAUAUAACUAAUUAUUGUUAUCCUACAUUAAGUGAUAAUUGUAAUUUUUUUUUCAUUUAAUGAACUUCAUACUGAAACUACUAUGGUCUGUUAUAAGUGCAUUCUCUACCAAAAGUCCACAUGCAUUUAUGUUUCUGCUGGAAUUUAUUUCCUAGUUAAAUUAAUUUUAUACACAUUAUGCACCAUUAUUAUAAACUUUCAUUCAUAAGUUUCAAGUUCCUCAAAGUGCAUGGACAAGUGACAAUCUUGUAACAUGCAACUAAAGAAAUCAUUUUCUUCCACUUCUUUCUAAUGAAAAGUGAUAAAGUUACAGUGUAAUAUUUAGAGCGCAAUAUUUUUCGCCAAUUUGCUUCCAGUCAAAUUAACAAACACACAAACCAACACACUUUUCUUGAAGAGGAACAAUUGAGGAUAGUGUUCUGUGCAUAGUUACCAAGUAAAUAUUUGCAAUUUAAUAUAUGUUUCUGCCAUUACUUCUAGACUGUGACACAUUUAUUAUUGUCCGAAGGUAAUAUUACCAUGGCCUGGUUCACUCAUUUUGCCUACGUUUUCAUUAAAUACUGUUUAGCAUUUAUUUUCAAUAAAGAAAAAAAUGGAGGUAAUAUUUUAAUUGGUAUACGUCGCUCUUUCCUACGAUCACUGUAAACACUGGAUGCCUAAUUAGUGCAAUGACUAUUACAUAAAAUGUUUAAAUAAAUACACUUGAGCCCUCUUUACUCAAUUUCUCGCAAAUGUGUUCAAGGAAGCUUUAGUAAAUAGAAAGGCUGAAAAUUUUCAAUCACAGGUAUAGUUGUGAAAAUGAAUGAACAGAACACUAAAAAAGCACCACAUUGUCGAUUAUUUUUUAUAAAAAAAAACCUCGUACAGCAGUUCUUUUCUAGCGGCUAACCAUUUGAAAAGAUUUCGCCACAUUGUAACAUACUCUUCAACGAAUUCAUUCAAGCUUAAGGAAAAAAAUGUAUCUGCAAACUGCUAUUUAAAGUGAAAUAACGUAUCUAUUUUUAUUUUCUUCUCUUGAGGUACAGUGUGUGUUUAUUUUUGUUUUUUUCUCUGGAGUAAGUGUCUGUUUAUUUUUGAUGUGUCCAAUAAAGCAAUGCGAUGACCACGUUUAAAGAGAAGAGGGUAAAAAAUGCCUGAACCAAAAUAUCAAUGUAUGUACACUUUUGUGUGUUUGUUGUUAAUUAAAAUGAAAUUAAAUUCCUGAAACUUA